AUGCGAUGUGCGCGGCGGUCUCCGGAUGGUCAUCAAUCACCUUCAACCGAGCUGUCCGCGCCCGCGGAUCCCGCGUCCGGGAGGCCUCCUCGCCGCCGGGGAGAGCGCGGGAACGCCGUCAUUAAUGAGAGGGCCACCCCGGGGCGCGGCGCAGGUCUGCACCCGGGAAUCUCCCGAAACAGCUUCGAGUCCAAGGACGGAACGGGAUCUGGGCACGCGGGCCUCACUCCGGCGGCCGCGGCCUACUACCCCUACGAGCCCGCUCUGAGCCAGUACACCUAUGACAGGUACGGGACCAUGGACAGCGGUACACGGCGCAAGAACGCCACGCGGGAGACCACGGCCACGCUGAAGGCCUGGCUGAACGAGCACCGCAAGAACCCCUACCCCACCAAGGGCGAGAAGAUCAUGCUGGCCAUCAUCACCAAGAUGACCCUCACGCAGGUCUCCACCUGGUUCGCCAACGCGCGCCGGCGCCUCAAGAAGGAGAACAAGAUGACAUGGCCGCCCCGGAACAAGUGUGCAGAUGAGAAGCGGCCAUACGGGGAGGGGGAGGAGGAGGAGGAGGCCGGCGAGGAGGAGGCUCGGGAGGAGACCCUCAAGAGCACCAAGAGUGAAGAACCCAUGGGGAAAGAAGACAAGGAGCUAGAGCUCAGUGACCUGGAUGACUUCGACCCUCUGGAGGCAGAGACGCCAGAGUGUGAGCUGAAGGCAGCUUUCCAGCCCCUGGAGGUGGAUCGCGUCCCGGCCACACCUCCUGGAGGCCCUGGUGGGCGGGGCAAGGAGUCCCCGGGGGCUCUCCACCUGCCCCUGGCCUCCGGCAGCCACUCGGCCACGAAUGAGGACCUGGAGAGAGCGGGAAGCUGCCUGCAGUGCGCGGUGGUGGGGCCAGAGCCCCAGCCAGGCGGUGCCGAGGGAGGCCCGCAAGCCUGCGAGGCCAAGCUGAGCUUCGCGCCCGCCGGCCUGGAGGCCAAGCCUCGCAUCUGGUCCUUGGCCCACACGGCCACCGCCGCGGCAGCCACGGCCCUGAGCCAUACUGAGUUUCCAUCCUGCAUGCUCAAGCGUCCAGGCCCUGGCGCCCCUGCAGGGGCGUCUUCCGCCACCCCUCCCGCAGCCCCGGCCCCACCCGGGGCCCUGGACCGGCACCAGGACUCCCCAGUAACGAGUCUCAGAAACUGGGUCGACGGGGUGUUCCACGACCCCAUUCUCAGGCACAGCACUUUGAACCCGGCCUGGGCCACUGCCAAGGGUGCCCUUCUGGAUCCAGGGCCUCUAGGACGCUCGCUGGGGGCGGGGACCAACGUACUGACUGCACCCCUGGCACGGGCCUUCCCCCCCACCGCACCUCAUGACGCCCCAAAUGCCAGUGCAGCCAGAGAGCCGCUGGCCACGCCCAAAGCCAGUGGCAAGCCCUUCUGCGCCUAA